CCAAAAUCUCAUUCAUUCAUUGGUUCAUUUGUUCUGAUCAUCACGCCAUUUGAAAUGACUAAUGGCAAUUGAAGAAAAAGGAUGUGAAUGGAUGCUUGUGGGCAUAAAUUGAUGGCCAUUUCGUUUUCAUUCCUUCAUUCUUCAUUUCGCCAUUCUCACACUUUCAGCUAAACUUCAAGACACUCAUAUUCCUGUGAACAAUUCCAUUAUACACAUAUUCAGAAUGUCUUCCAAGAAUGUUCCUCAAAGUUCACCUUCAAGUUCACCUGUUGAACUUCACUUUUCUUUCACUAGUGGGGAGAAUAGUUUUGAGCACGAUGAUAGAGAUCCUGCCUUCAGACAAGCCGACCGUCAUGCACUUUGGAGAGAGAGAGGGGAUCCUCGUUAUCGUGAUCGCUCUCCGUCUCUAGAGAUUGGUGGGUCUAUUGUGACCGAGUCAUCCACAGGGACUUCGCUUGGUGUGCGGAAGCGCGGUGAGGAGGAUGAUGGAGAAUCUGAACGUGCGCAGCAUCAUCAGCGCCGUAAAGUAUUGGAGGAAGUAGACACGAUGGUCUUGGACAUCGUAGCUCUUUACAAGAUGGUGCGUGAG